GCAACCAACACACAGGCAUAAAUACAGCCUUUUCCUGCACGUCUCUGCUAAAGAGUGGACAGAGGGACGUUGUGUUACAGCUCACGCAUUCAGAAUUCAAGGAGACCAUCAAGAAACAUGGGUUACGGAGACAUCAUGAAGGUUCAAACUACUGGUGCUUCCCAGCAAACUGCUCAGCAGGACAGACUGGGAUACUCAGGUGUGAGGGCCUCACACACCAUGGCCGACACCGAUUCAGGCAGAAUGGAAAGGUACAGGUCCAAAAUCAACUCAGUGGGAGCAAAAAAAGGAAUCGAUCCAGCUCUGAUUGCUGCCAUCAUCUCCAGAGAGUCCAGAGCUGGAAAUGUAUUACAUGGUGGCUGGGGAGACUAUGACUCAAGCAGAGGAGCGUAUAACGCCUGGGGACUGAUGCAGGUUGAUGUUAAUCCAAACGGAGGUGGACACACUGCACAGGGUGCAUGGGACAGUGAGGAACACCUCUGCCAAGGCGCUGAUAUCUUGGUUUAUUUUAUCGGACGCAUCCGCAAUAAAUUUCCUGGCUGGAGCACGGAGCAGCAGCUGAAAGGAGGGAUAGCAGCCUACAACAUGGGCGAUGGAAACGUUCACUCCUAUGAUAACGUGGAUGCCUGCACAACAGGUGGAGACUUCUCCAAUGAUGUUGUUGCCAGAGCUCAGUGGUACAAAAACAAUGCAGGCUUUUAACACCUGAAGCUGUCCACUACAGAAAUCUCUCUAACUGCGUCAUGUGCACUCUGUGUCAAAACUUCACCUUCAUAAACAAAAUGCAAAGCAGAAGUAUGUCUGUAAAGAGUGUUUUAUGGAAAAAAACAAACAUAAAAAUAUGAUGAUUCUUCUGAGUGAAUUCCUUAAUUCCUUAACUGUUGUAUAAGCAGUUAUUGUAUACAUUUGCAUUGAAUAAAAGCCGUGAGGAUUUGUUCAUGUGUGUAAUCUUAUGUGAUUAAAGCUAUACCGAUGGAUGCCCCUUC